AUGGCAAAGAGACCUUUAGGUCCCGGUCCAGGUGCGUACGCCUUACCACCAACAGUAGGGUACAUCAACCACGACCCAUCGCGAUACCGCAAUCCCAUGUACUCCCUGGGCGCGGCAGUGGGAUUCCGCACAGCUGCCCUCGGCCCCGGCCCAGCGUACCGUAUUGAGCGGGUCACGAAGGAAGGUGUCAUGACGUCGCCGGCGUGGAGUUUUGGUGCUAGGCUCGCGACACGCAGUUCGUUACGAACUCCAGGGCCUGGUGCUCAUGCGCCAGAGCGUUGUCCAAACGGACCACGAGCUCCUGAGUACUCUUUGGGCGCCCGGCCAAAUUUAGGGCAACGCCGUAUCGGACCAGCCCCAAACGCCUAUGCAAUACGUAUGGGCCCCGACACACCUGCGUACACCAUGGCCGCGCGUUUAGGAGUUGCUAAUCCCACUCGCUCGCCUGGACCGGCUGUUUACUUCCAAAAGGAUGCUGACGUGUACCGGACGAGGCCACCUUGCUAUUCGCUGGGAGCUCGUCUGGUCGGCGCAGGCAAGGCCACUCGCUCACCCGGCCCAGCUUCGUAUCCUCCCAACUUAUAUAACACUAAGAAGAAUCCGUACGCAUUCUCUUUUGGCACGAAACACAACGAGUACUCCCCUCCCAUGAUUAUCAAAGAAGACACUAUGGACUGUUUAUAA